AUGUCCGUGAGGGUGAUCUUGAGGUACGUGGUGGCAAUGUCUGAAAUCGGGCGUCGAUUCGGCCUCUCCACCAGUUGUAAGACGCGAUCGGGUACCGAAAACGUCUCCAAUGUAGAAAGGCAAUUGAAGGACAUAGCCGUCCUUCGUGCGGAGAAAGUCCCCGCCGCUCCAUUCCCUACGCUACCCUCAGAAAGCUUCGUAGACCAGGUGGUUGGCCGGGCUCUACAAGGUUCUCUAGCAAGCGACUACCUAGAUUGGACAAAUCAGGUGACAAACGCUCUAAGUCACUUCACGGAGGAUGCGAGUUCAUUGGGGUUCACCUGCGAGGUGAUAAUCGAUGAAGAAGCGGAUAUGAAGGAUAAGGUGAUGAAGCAGCAUCUGGCCUCAAGUGUCAAAAUGGAGACUAUUCACUUCACGCUUAGCUUGGCAAUUGACAAAACGGUCACCGGAUGGCAUGUGACUUCUGUUCUGAAACAUCAUCACACAACAAUGCAGGGGUAUCAUCUCUUCCGGUAUAAUAAUGCAGAGAUCACUGAGAAAGUGAAGUGGGAACCAGAUUCAAGAUUUGGCCAAAUCCUCAAUGAAAUCACUGAUAUCGAGGAGGUCGCAAGUCUUGUGGCAUCUCGAUGGGGGCUGGCCACUCAGAUUGCUCUGUGGGACAUGCGGGUCCUUGUGAAUGCCACUGAGUCGUUGGGAGCAAGGAAAGGAUUGUCAUCUGAGAAUUUGAUGGCUUUGACAGAGUCAUUUGACCCUAAGGUGGUAAGCCAGGCCUUGGGUUGUUCUCACAAGCUUCUGGAGAUGAAGAUAGCUCAACGUUCUUCAUGGAGUGUUGUUAAGAGGGGAGAUACGGACUUGAUGAACGAACCACACCUGACUUGGAGUAGUUUCAUGAUCAUCUGCAGUGAACUGGGUGUUUCCUUGGAUUUCUUGGAUCCUGAGAAUUUAAACAGAAUGGCAGUCUUGCUGGUCCGUUGGAGCGUGUUUGGUACUCUGCAAGACCCAAUGGGGGUGUUUGCUACCCACACAUUCCAAGAGGAGGGCGGAUCACAAGCCUGUCAUCAUCCUCCUGAAGGGAUUUGGUCUCAUGGCAAAGACUCUUAA